CGCAGUGUUAUCUGAUGUUUGUAUACUCACUGAGGCGAAGAACAGCCACACAAAAGAGAUAUCUGUCCGAGGGUCCUCUUCAAGAUAAGGAAACCAGCAGGGAAGCAGAGCUCAGGACCUGUAGCAUCCUUCACAGCAGUGGAUCCCUACCUGGGCUUUGUUAUUUCAGGGUUUCUCCCCCAGAGGCACAAUGGAUGAAGAGGAGCAGUUUGUGAACAUCGAUCUGAACGAUGACAAUAUCUGCAGUGUCUGCAAGCUGGAGACGGAAACGGGGACCUUAUCUUUCUGCCACGUCUGCUUUGAACUCAGCAUUGAAGGUGUGUCCUCCGCCACCUUGUUGCACUCCAAGUCCCUGCGAGGCCACAGAGACUGCUUUGAGAAAUACCACCUCAUCGCCAACCAGAAGCUGUCACGUUCCAAGGUCUCCCGAAGUGCCUACGAGGGCAUGAAGCUGGCCCUCAGCCAGAAACUGAACCGCAUCAUCCAGUACGCCCAGAAUAAAGACUCUGUGUCCCCCAAUGGCCCCAGCAGACGAGGGGCCAAGCUUCUUUGUUACAACCAGCAGAGUGACUGCAAGCUGCUGCCCCAGUCAGACGCCCAGGUGCCCCGAUACGCCCCCCGCUGGGACACGGGCAAAGCGGCGAGGCUGCCCGAUUACACUAUGGGGAUGCUGGAGUGCCACACGGUAGAGGAACUAGGGCUGCUGCAGGAGUCGCAAGGUGAUGUCUGGUCCAGCGACGGCAGGACAGGUCUACACAAGAGGAAUCAAUCGUCAGGAGGACAGACACAGCACAGACACCAGGGCCACAGCAGAGAUGAAUUGACUAAAAUGAGUGUGGAUGAGCUACAUCAACUGAAUGCACAACUACUGAUGCAGAUACAAAAGGUGUUCGAGGAGCUGACUGUAGCUGUGCAGGAGAAAGACUCGCUGGCGUCAGAGCUGCACGUACGUCACAUCGCCAUCGAGCAGCUCUUCAAGAACUGUGCCAAGCUGCCCUGGCUGCACAUUAGCAGGGCUGGGGUCAAGGCCAGCAGCAACGGAGGUGGAGGUGGGGGAGGUGGCAGCAGUCCCGUGGAGUGAGGUGCUGGAAGAUAGCAGGGGAGGGGGGGGGGGGUAUCUGUUCUGUCUCCGCCACCACUCAGAAGAGGCUGACAAACACCUCCAAUUCCUGGCUGCUGCGAGGCUGGAAAAAAUGCCUCGAUGUGAACUGAGUGACUUUUUAAAACACUACGGUGACGUUGAGUUUUUAGCUCUACAUUAGAACUGCAUUAAGGGCUGGGUUGACACAGCCUUUAGACUCAUGGUUGCGGUGAUGACGCGAGGAUUAAUCAAAGUUUGCAGUUUGGCAUGUGACCUGAAUUCUACCCAAUCUAAUCUAAGUACCCAGUAAUCAUGUCAGAGUGUUCAUGGUCCUAGUACAUGAUACGGACAUUUUCUUACCUUAAAAACAGACUGACACCUUUUCCACAUCAUUUCGCAUAAACGGUAGUUGUUGGUUUUGUUUACUCUUUGUGUAUUUUCCUGUCAAAAAAAUGUCAGUUUUCAAUGUUCCGUUUUUUGUAGAUAUAUCCUCUAAGCUUCUUUUUUUUCUUUUCCUUCUAAUUAUGUCAUACGCAGAUAUUCAAAUAUGGGUUUUAGCGCUGCUUAAUACUCCUCCAUAUGUUAUCUGAGGAUUCUCUGUAGAAGGCAGUGAGAAGAGAGCUACACUAUUUAAUACCAUGGCUCUGGUGAAUAUUUGAUGAAGAGUAGCCGGGUAGUGUCAGUCACAUUCAUACCAUCAGACACUGCCGACAGCUGUGUUGAAUACCAUUCUGAUGUAAAAACCCUAUCAAGGUUUAAGCUUGAGAAAAUACGGCUUGAGACAACUUAUAUCAAGUUGCAUUUAAACUGCACAAAUUCAACAGAAAAUACCAAUAAUGAUACAUACAGUUAGUGACAAAGCUAGGCCAAAUUUCUUUAAACUAACAAAUGGUUACAUAUUAAUCAAGUCUUAUCUGGAAAAGAGCAUGAGCAUCACUGCAACAAAGACAAAUCACAGUGUGAAAUUUACCAAAGCUAUACGAGCCAUGCAGCUUUUCAUUUGUGGGGGUGAUGACUAUUUUGGGAGUGUCCAUCAACUAAUAUGUGGUAGCAGCUGGUUGGCAAGCAGCAUUAGAGCUAUCAGUUAAUUACCCC